AUGGCCGGCGAGGCUGAGCACUCCUGGCCACAGCUUGGUAUUGGCUCCUGUUGCUAUUCUAUUGGUUCGGCUGCUGGGACGGAUGAAGCUGUGCGAAAUGUUCCCCUACAAAAGGCCAUCAAGUUCCAAUUUCGAAUGAUCGCUCCCGUUGAAAGCCAGAUCUCACUCAACAAAUUUAUGAGUGGACAGGACCCACAGCCUCUCUUAAGGAUUAUGACGGGACUAAAUCUUGUGUCGCAGGCGCAAGCGGCUGCUGAGGAGAGAUUGAAGACUACCUCCAAGACACAAUGCUAG